AUGAUCUCUUCCAAGCGUUCUGCAGAAGCGUCAGCGGGUUCAUCUCAACCAGCAAAACGUUUGAGGACCGAUGACGAUGAGGACUUUGAGCUUGCAAAUGAAGACGAUGUCAUACCACCUUCCCCUCCAGAUACUUCUUAUGUUCCCAAAAGUGCUACUAUCAACUUCAGUGCCCUGACACGGAAGCUGGCAGAAACUAAGCGUUCCACUGACAAAGAGACCCCUCUGAAUCUAUCUUCCUUCGACGCACACCGCAGGCAGCAAGACAAACUUAUAUCGCACAUAUUCAUGGAUCAAGACUUCUCGUGGCUUCAUCUAAAGGCAGACCACACUUCGCGGCCGUUGUGGAUUAGUCCGGAGGAUGGCCAUAUUAUCUUGGAAGCAUUUUCACCCAUUGCGGAGCAAGCACAAGAUUUUCUUACCGCAAUCAGCGAGCCCGUCAGCAGGCCUGCCAUGAUUCAUGAAUACAAGCUCACUUCGUAUUCCCUGUAUGCCGCCGUUUCCGUUGGGUUGCAGACGGAUGAUAUUAUCGAGGUUCUAAACCGCUUGUCAAAGGUCCCGGUUCCUGAAGCAAUUGUCACUUUUAUUCGAGGCUGCACCCUGAGCUACGGCAAAGUGAAGCUUGUCCUCAAGCACAAUAGAUACUUUGUCGAAUCCACCCAUCCCGAAACUCUGCAGCAUUUGCUCAAGGACCGUGUCAUCCGAGAGGCCCGGAUCGUUUCGGCGCAGACGGACAACAGCAUCAAGGCGGCUACUUUCACGACCUCCAAAGCUCCGACACGAGGAAAUUUGGUCAUACCUGGAACGAAAGAAGGGGACAAAAAGAAAGAUGAGGCUGGAGACGGCAAGAGUGCUCAAAACGGCAACCCUGCAGAUUCAGAUUUAUUCACUUCCGUGGUUGGUGUGGAUGGAGACGAAAUAGAAGAAGACGACGAUAAUGUCCAUGCAUUCGAGAUCAAAGAUGACAAAAUCGAUGAUGUGAAGAAGCGUUGCAAUGAGCUCGAAUACCCCAUGCUCGAGGAAUACGACUUCCGAAAUGAUACCGUCAACGCCAAUUUGGACAUUGACUUGAAACCCGCUACUGUCAUUCGGCCGUACCAGGAAACUAGCCUCAGCAAGAUGUUUGGAAAUGGGCGUGCACGAUCAGGUAUCAUUGUGCUACCUUGCGGUGCUGGGAAGACGCUUGUCGGAAUUACUGCUGCUUGCACGAUCAAGAAAUCUUGCCUUGUUCUUUGCACUUCCUCAGUCUCGGUAAUGCAAUGGAAGCAACAAUUCAUGCAGUGGUCCAAUGUAACCGACCGGCAGAUAGCAGUCUUCACCGCCGACCAGAAAGAGAAGUUCGCAGGAGACAGCGGGAUCGUUGUGUCGACGUAUUCCAUGGUCGCAAAUACCCACAACAGAUCCCAUGAAUCGAAAAAGAUGAUGGAAUUCCUCACUUCUCGUGAAUGGGGUUUUAUUCUCCUGGACGAAGUACACGUCGUACCUGCAGCUAUGUUCCGUCGUGUUGUCACCACCAUCAAAGCCCACUCCAAACUUGGCCUCACUGCUACCCUUGUUAGAGAAGAUGACAAGAUCGCAGAUCUAAACUAUAUGAUUGGGCCUAAACUUUAUGAAGCCAAUUGGAUGGACCUUGCUGCAAAAGGCCACAUUGCCAACGUCCAGUGUGCGGAGGUAUGGUGCCCAAUGACGCCGGAAUUUUACCACCAAUACUUGGUCGAACAAUCCCGCAAACGAAUGCUUUUGUACUGCAUGAACCCGAAUAAGUUCCAGUCAUGUCAGUUCCUAAUCAAGUAUCAUGAAGACCGUGGUGACAAGAUUAUCGUUUUCUCGGACAACGUCUUUGCGUUGGAGGCGUACGCCAGACGGCUCAAGAAAUUAUUCAUUCACGGAGGUGUUGGACAAGUGGAACGAAUGAUGAUUUUAUCGAAAUUUCAGCAUGAUCCGCGAGUCAAUACGAUUUUCUUAUCGAAGGUCGGAGACACCUCCAUCGAUCUUCCUGAAGCGACAUGUCUCAUCCAAAUCUCGUCACAUUUUGGUUCUCGCCGUCAAGAAGCGCAGCGUCUUGGCCGUAUCUUGCGUGCUAAAAGGAGAAACGAUGAGGGUUUCAAUGCGUUCUUUUACUCUCUCGUUUCCAAAGAUACGCAAGAAAUGUUCUACAGCACCAAGCGCCAACAGUUCUUGAUCGAUCAAGGAUACGCUUUUAAAGUCAUCACCCACCUGGACGGUCUCGAGAACCUCCCGGACCUGGUCUACAAGACGCAGGACGAGCAGAUCGAGCUUCUGCAGUCUGUGCUUAUCGCAAACGACAACGACGCGGAUCUCGGCUCUGACAUACGUGCUGUCGAAGGUGAUUUGGCAGGAACAGUAACGUCAAAGGACUUUGGGCCUACCAAGUUCCCUGCUGCGCAGAGAACAACAGGCUCCCUGUCAGCCCUCAGUGGUGGGCAACACAUGUCUUACGUGGAGCAGAACAAGUCUGCGAACAAAGCUAUUUCGCGUGCCGGUCCUUCUACAGCCCCGCGACACAAGUUGUUCGCGAAGCGUGACAAGGACAAGGCUUCUGCUCGCAAGGAGGCGCGGCCUACUUGA